CCCCUGCCGUGAGUUCAAGUGGAAACUUUAUUUUUGCCACAAAGUCAGACGAUCCGCGAAGCUUGAACAGAUCACUAGCCACCAUGCAGACGAAGCAAAUUGCUGUCUGGAUCGCACUGACGAUCCUCUUGCAUUGCAGCGAAGCUCAGGAGGAUAAUAUCCUGGAGCAGACGUCUAGCAUGGAGGCAGCAACCACACCGUCAGUACCAACAGAAGUGAAGCCAUCGGAAAUGGAGCAACCAAAUGAUAAAAACUCCACAGGAAGCGAAAGCGGGGAUGCCAAAUCAGAGGAAUCAUCAAUGGGUACAGAUCAUGUAGAUCUGGGCCCACAAAUAGAAGAGAAGCCUCCAAUGGAUACAGAGGAUAUUCCUGCUAAAGAGGAAGAAAAGGAAAAGGAAAAGGAAGAACCUUCUGAUAAUCCCCCUGCUGUGGAACAUACAGAACCUCCAAUGGAAGCAGCAGAAAUUCCUGCUCAUCCAAAACCCUUAGAUAUGGAAACUGAAACCGAAAAUACCGAUAAGGAUAAGCCACCAGCUGAAACUGAAUCAAUUCCGGAUGCUCCUGCUGAAGAUUACCAAGACGAUGCACCCCAUGAGGAUACAACAGCAGCCCCACCAGCUGGCACACAACCCCCAACACCACCUACUCCUCCAACCGUGCCACAAUUUCCAACAAUAAGUUGCUAUAGUUGUGGCAACUGCAAGGAGAAGCCAACGAAUAAAACAAAAUGCACAUCGACUGCUGGCAAGCGUAAUGGUUGCGUCACUCUGGUCAAGAGUGAGGAGAAGCUUGUGCUGCGUGGUUGCAUCUCCGAGCUGGCGGAGUCGGGCAACAACUACUGCAUAUCGAAUGCCAAAGGCUGUGAAAUGUGCUACGAGAACGACUGCAAUGCCAAGGCGGUGACGCUGUCCAAUGCGGCUGCUGCCCCGCUGCUGGGGAGCUGGCUUUUUAUAAUCAGUUGUCUGCUGGCGAUGUAGGAACCCCUCGACUCUGAGUCAUGCACUUUUUGAAAUUAUAUUGAAAUCGAUAAAAAAGAUAAGGAAGGCGUCCCCCGCCACGCCACGCCACGCCACGCACAAUUAGAUCAAUUUCUUUUGUUUGUCAAAAAGCUUAAUGGAGUAUAAAGUUUAUUAUCGUACGUAUUUGUUUUUGUGUCUUUGCAAUGAUUAAUAAAUGUACAUAAUACG